CCCGCCUCCACCUGGAGAGAUCGAACGCCUGAGCAGACCCUGCGACUGCGACUCGCGAGCGUGCCCGGAGCCCGUGCGUCCAGGAAGCUCGGCAGCGCCGCGCGGCAGUGGCCGGACGGGCGGGCCACACCGCCAGGCCUCUCAACGAAAGGGCGCGCGCCCCAGGUGGAGGGGGAGGCAAAGAAACCUCUAUUGUUUCAAUAUUCCGCGAAACCUCAAGAGGUAGUACGCUCCAGUCUGCUGCGAUUGUGCAGGAGCUGCGCAUGCGUCGCUGGGGGGGUCGCUCUUGGAGCUCCAGGUCCGGCACGACACGCGCCGGCGGGCGGAGAACAGCUCGGCGCAGGGGAGGAGGAGGAGGAGGAGACGAAAGUGGGGGAUAAGAAGGAAGGAGUCCGCGAAUCGGCUCACGUCGAUGCUUCUCCCGGUGCCUCCCGGCGCUGGAAGACGCCAUGGCGUCGAGGAGGGAAGGGCGCCUGGCAGCAGGGCCGACACCACCUGCACGCAGCAGAUUUCGUACCCCCCCCCACCUUCCAUAUUCCCGCUCCUUCGCCCGCUCAGAGGGAUCCUCGCCGCCUGGCUUUCGGGUCAUCACUCGUGUCUGCGGCGGCCGUUCGGGACGAUUCGGGCACCCCAGGAGAGCUCUCGGCAACGUGCAGCUGCUGGAAAGCAUCCCGAGGCCCAAGACCGCCGAGAACCACUAUCAGGGUGCUCGAAAACCUCGAACCGACGAAGAUCCUUCGCCCGACACUCGGGGACACCGCUGGCCACACCCGAGGGGUGCGCCGCUUUGGCGCUUGAAAUCCUGCAUGGUGGCCGGCGCGCGCCGUCGCCUGCGCGGUGCCCGGCGCUGGUGACCAGCACCACUGAAUUAUGCUGGGCCCACGUCGUGUGGUCGCACCGCCCAGCGGUGCGCAAAGCCGCCCUCGUGCUGCAGGCAGACGUAGGCACUAACUGGGGAGGGGGGGGAGACUGGGCGAGGAGGGGCGAGAGGCGCCGAGGCCAGCGGGAAGAGAAGGGAAGAGGGAGGAGAUGUAUGGCGAGGAGGCCCUCCUCCCCUAGAGGAGCAGAGAACGGCACAAAAACAUACAGCAGGAGCUCGACCACAAGAGA